AUGUUGGUCGAUCUGAACGUGCCAUGGCCACAGAGCAGCUACAUGGAGAAAGUGACUCCUCAGGCAAUCAACAAUUUGACAAAGACAUUAACUACAUUGCAUACGUUGGGAUAUACACACAUCGCCAUAAAUUUUACCGUGAGCCACAGUGAGAAAUUUCCUAAUGAUGUCAAGAUGCUGAAUCCUAUCGAUAUCAAGAAAAGGUUUGGGGAAUUGAUGGCUCGAACGGGGCUAAAAUUGUAUAGCAGGAUCACUUUAAUCAUUGACGACCCAUCAAAGGGACAGUCUCUCUCCAAGAUAAGCCAGGCCUUUGAUGUUGUGGCUGCAUUGCCAAUCAGCGAAAAGGGCCUUACUCUGUCAACCACCAACCUGGAUAUUGAUCUGCUAACUUUCCAGUACGGUUCACGGCUGCCCACUUUCCUUAAGCACAAAAGCAUAUGUAGUUGUGUAAACAGAGGAGUGAAACUAGAAAUUGUUUACGGCUAUGCGUUGCGUGACGUACAAUCUCGGAGGCAGUUUGUAUCGAAUGUGAGAAGUGUCAUCAGGAGUUCGAGAUUUAGAGGCAUUGUCAUCGGUAGUGGUGCCAUGUCACCGCUAGAGUGCCGCAAUAUAUUGGGAGUUACAAGUCUAAUUAAGAAUUUGGGUCUUCCGAGCGACAAAUGUUCCAAGGCCAUGGGAGAUCUGGCCUCAUUAGUCCUGCUCAACGGUCGCCUAAGAAACAAGAGCCACAAGCAGACCAUUGUUGCUGGCGGUGGUGAGGAAGACGACAACGACGUGGUUAAUGACGUACAAGGAAUUGACGACAACCAGACCGUAAAGUUGGUGAAAAGAACUAUGGAUCCUGAGCAACUGGGCCAUGCCGCCAAGAGGCACAAGCCAUGA